AUGAAUAAUAACAACGUUAAUAAUGUUGAUGUUGGAAUUAUAGUUGGAAGUAAAACUGAACAAGUCCUUAUACCUGAAAGUCCGAUAAUUCCAAUACAUAAUCACCAUAUUCAACAACAACAGCAAACAAUUUUAUCGUCGACUUUAGAAAAUGACGAAUUUUUCCGUGAAUUAGAAAAACAAAAGCAAAACAUAAUUGAUGCAAAAAAAAGAGAAAAUCUUAUGAAGUCGACUAAAGAAUUAGAAUUUAAUUCGUGUGGUAAUGAAAUAAUGAAUAAUCUUGAAGUUGGAUCAGAUAAAUAUAAAAUAGUCGAUGUUAUUGUAAAGAUGAAACAACAAUUAAAAUACUACAAGACAAAUAUAAAACUUCAGUCACAAUUAGCAUCACAAAAAAUUUCAGAAAGUGAAAAGUCUCGUAUAGAUGCAUUAGACGAAGUAGCAACAAUUAAAUUACAAAAUUUACAAAUAAAUCAAUUAAAACAAGUGUUGAAAGAACAACAAAUGAUAUUUGAUAAAGUACAAAAAACAUUGGUAAUAGCUAAUAAAAGAGCUGAUGAUACAGAGCAACGAUUGAAGGAUUCGAGCCAAGAAGUGGCGACGUUAGAGAAAGAAAUGUCGAGUUUGAAACUUGAAUUAACCAAUAAGUCAAGAUUAUUAGAUAAAUCAUUAAAGAAAUCAGAUGAAUUGGAAAGAUUGUUGAUUAAGGCACAAAGUGAAGACAACAACGAUGAAAACGAUGAAUAUGAUGAUUAUUUUGAAUAUGAUAAUAAUAAUAUUAUUAUUGAAAAUAAUAUUUAUGAUAACGUUGAUGAUAUUGGUGAUGACAAUGUUGUUGAUGAUAAUAAUGAUGGUAAUCAAUAUUUAUUAAUAUAA